GAAAUAAAGAAUGCUGAUGGGAGAACCAUUUUCCUAAUUUUCAAAUUGUUGAGCUGGUUGCCAUGAUGGAUGAUCAGCAAGCUUUGGACUCAAUAAUGCAAGAUUUGGCUGUUCUUCAUAAGGCUAGUCGACCAGCAUUAUCCUUACAGGAAACUAGAAAAGCAAAAUCUUCAUCACCAAAAAAACAGAAUGACGUCCGAGUCAAAUUUGAACAUAGAGGAGAAAAAAGAAUCCUUCAGUUCCCCAGACCAGUUAAACUGGAAGAUCUGAGGUCUAAGGCUAAAAUUGCCUUUGGACAGUCUAUGGAUCUGCAUUAUACCAAUAAUGAGUUGGUAAUUCCAUUAACUACCCAGGAUGACCUGGACAAAGCUGUGGAACUGCUGGAUCGUAGUAUUCAUAUGAAGAGCCUAAAGAUACUACUUGUAAUAAAUGGAAAUACACAGGCUACUAAUUUAGAACCAUUGCCAUCACUAGAAGAUUUGGAUAAUACACUGUUUGGAGCAGAGAGGAAAAAACGGCUUUCUAUAAUAGGUUCUACUAGUAGAGAUAGAAGUUCCCCUCCCCCAGGAUACAUUCCAGAUGAAUUACACCAGGUUGCCCGGAAUGGGUCAUUCACUAGUAUCAACAGUGAAGGAGAGUUCAUUCCAGAGAGCAUGGACCAAAUGCUGGAUCCAUUAUCUUUAAGCAGCCCUGAAAAUUCUGGCUCAGGAAGUUGUCCAUCACUUGACAGUCCUUUGGAUGGAGAGAGCUAUCCAAAAUCACGAAUGCCUAGGGCACAGAGCUACCCAGAUAACCAUCAGGAAUUUUCAGAUUAUGAUAACCCUAUCUUUGAGAAAUUUGGAAAAGGAGGAACAUAUCCAAGAAGGUAUCAUGUUUCAUAUCAUCAUCAAGAGUAUAAUGACGGUCGUAAAACUUUUCCAAGAGCUAGAAGGACCCAGGGGACCAGCUUCCGGUCUCCUGUGAGUUUCAGUCCUACUGAUCACUCCUUAAGCACUAGUAGUGGAAGCAGUAUCUUCACCCCAGAGUAUGAUGAUAGUCGAAUAAGAAGAAGGGGAAGUGACAUAGACAAUCCUACUUUGACUGUAAUGGACAUCAGCCCACCCAGCCGUUCACCUCGAGCUCCAACCAACUGGAGAUUGGGCAAACUGCUUGGCCAAGGAGCCUUUGGUAGAGUCUAUCUCUGUUAUGAUGUUGAUACAGGAAGAGAAUUGGCUGUUAAGCAAGUUCAAUUUGACCCAGAUAGCCCUGAGACCAGCAAGGAAGUCAAUGCACUUGAGUGUGAAAUUCAGUUGUUGAAAAACUUGCUGCAUGAGCGAAUUGUUCAGUAUUAUGGCUGUUUGAGGGAUCCCCAGGAAAAAACACUUUCCAUAUUUAUGGAGUAUAUGCCAGGGGGUUCAAUUAAGGACCAAUUAAAAGCAUAUGGAGCUCUUACUGAGAAUGUGACUAGAAAAUACACCCGUCAGAUUUUGGAGGGUGUCCAUUAUUUGCACAGUAAUAUGAUUGUCCAUAGAGACAUCAAAGGUGCCAAUAUCCUGCGAGAUUCAACAGGAAAUGUCAAACUGGGAGAUUUUGGGGCCAGCAAACGACUUCAGACCAUCUGUCUGUCGGGGACAGGAAUGAAGUCCGUCACAGGCACACCAUACUGGAUGAGCCCUGAAGUGAUCAGUGGAGAAGGAUAUGGCAGAAAAGCAGAUAUCUGGAGCGUAGCGUGUACUGUGGUAGAAAUGCUAACUGAAAAGCCACCUUGGGCCGAGUUUGAAGCAAUGGCUGCCAUCUUUAAAAUCGCCACUCAGCCAACAAACCCAAAGCUGCCACCUCAUGUCUCAGACUAUACUCGAGAUUUCCUCAAACGGAUUUUCGUAGAGGCCAAACUGAGACCUUCCGCUGAUGAACUCUUAAGGCACGUGUUUGUGCAUUAUCACUAGCAGCCAGUAACCUCUCCUGUGCCUCUACCCAGUUCCCAUCUAUUCAUUCACCUUCUCUCUGACUGCACUUUUCUUUUUUAUAAAAAAAGAGAGAUGGGGGAGAAAAAAAAGACAAGAGGGAAAGUAUUUCUCUUGAUGCUUGGUUAAAUUUGUUUAAUAAUAAUAGUAACCUAAAUUUUUUAUAUUUAAUCUUUUUUUCCCUUACAAGAACUUGAAACUUUUUUUUUUUAAUUUUUAUAAUGUACUGAUGUGGUUCAGAGAGAUAAAGCACUUUAGUACAUAGUCUUUUUAGUACAAACAAAUCAUUUGGAAUACCUAAAGAUUGUAGAAUCUUUCCCUGUAUCACUGACAUAUUGGUGGUGAUGGGGAGACCUGGAAAAUAAGAAGAAAAUGAUGUAUAAUUUGUAGUUUUUAGUGCUAGUAUUUAAAAUAGAUCCUCAUUUGUGGGAUUGAGCCCUAAACUUGAGUUUAGGGUAGGUACUCAACUUAAAGAAUAUAGGUUCCUUCUUAUAUCUGUAUUCUUUAGAUCCUAACCUCUGUCUACCAAGCUUUUUGCUCAGUAGGAAUCUUGAUAGAAUGAAUCUCUAAGAGGUAUGUUUGUUAAUCCUAACCAGUAUAAUAAGCAAACACUAUAAUAGAUCCAUGUUACUGGAAUCUAUAAACCUUGAGGGAUAGCUUUCUGCUUAAAAAAAUACUAUUUUAUUUUAAAGUCAAUGAGCAAAUUCAAGUAAAAGAUUAAAGGAUAGUCUUCUCAUUAAAUGUGUGAGCAGUAGAGGAGACCACAUUUGCUAGUCAACAGAAAUAAUGGAAAAAAAACUAAUUUUUUUUUGUAUAUUUUAAACUAUGAGGGGGGAAAGUCCCAAAAUUGAAGGAAUGGAGAAAUAAUCAAAAUCAUGGAUACUUUCUUCCUAUUUUUAGCUCCUAAUUCCCCAUAAUUAAUAUUCCUUAGGAACUAAGAGUUCAGCCAGGAGUAUCUAUGUGUUAAAGCCAGUGAGUGUCAUGAGAUGAAACCCUUGUACUUGGGAUCACAGAAUACUAAAACACCUCAGAAAAACAGAUAUCAUGUAAAACAGUGGUUUUUAACAGUGGAGCAAGGAUAAUUUCACUUGGCAUUUGGCAAUACCUGGAAAUGUUUUUGGUUGUCACAACUGGGAGGAUACUACUGGCAUCUAAUGGGUAGAGGCCAGGGAUGCUGCUAAAUAGACUACACAGGAAAGCACUCCCCUCCCCCCCCCGGAAUUAUUCUGCCCUAAAUAUCAAAAGUGCUGAGGUCUUUAACUGAUGUAAAGACCAGUCCCAGUUAUAAACUGAAAACAGAAAUUUACAAAGCAGUAAAUGCAAAAAAGUAAAUUUCAAAGAGAAAGUGAUACAUGCAAAAUGAGAGUUUUACAAGAGCAGAUAUCACUACUUUAAGUCAAGGGUGAAUGACCUCAGCAAACAGCAAACAGGAAUCACUUCCUUACCAGCUUCAUAUUGCACCCAAAUCAGUAACUCUUCCAUUUUAGAAACAAAAUGAAUUAGAACAUUGAGCCUUUUGAACUCAGCCAUCUGUAUAUAGUCUUUCCUUAAAGGUCAGUUCAUAAUUUUGGGCAAAGAAAAGCAUGUCAAAACAAAGUAUUAACUACUAACAGAAAGGUUCAGAAACUGCCAGGUAUUUCUAGUAUAAUGUAUCCACUAAGAGCAAGGACAUUAAAUGGAACAAGACAGCCGGGAAAGGUCCCACUAUCUCUAAUGGAAUUGUACUACUGAAAAACAUGAAGAUAGUAAUUUGGCCACUUGCAAUUUUUUCAGCAUAUUAAAGCAAGUGCUAGGUACUUUAUUUUUAAAGAUCUAGAAAAUAAUAGUCUUCUUGGAGGCCCUAAAUGUGAUGCCUUUCAUGGGAUUCUAAGGGGACUCAGAUAUUCUUAUUUUCUGCCAAAAGGUACACUCAUUUAGGGACUCUUUAUACUUUGUUUCUGAAGUUAGGUAGAUCUUGGUUUACUGUAUCAAGGUCUUACCUGGCAUUCCCUGUAGGAAUAUUUGAAAUUCCACUAGCUUGUCUGAGAAGAAGUCAAAGCACAAAAUUUGUUGUCAGUGCUUCUCCUGUAUCUUCAAAUCAAAUGAAGCAGCUUGCAAAGAAGAGCAUGAAUUAGCUGCCCCCACUUUGGUAAAUCAACUAACUGCCAAAUCUUAUGCUAGAAACAUAAUCCUCAAGUGUGUGGAUCUAUUAUAAUUUCUUUAUCUUUUAUGAGUGAGGGCAUCUUUUCUACUUGAGCAAGAUCAUGGUCUCUGGACCAGUGGGCUUUUUCUUCAUAUCUUUGUCUUGUGUGGUUGUGAUUUCCCUUUGGCUCAUUUUUGGUCUGUCAGGGUAACCAGCAGUGCAGAAUAUGACACAAAUGCUCUGUAGAGAAAUUGGGGGAGACUGUGGAACCCAAAAGCAAAACUGUCUGCUUUUUUCAGUCUCCUUUUUCUUUUCUAAAUGCUAUAGAAAAUAAAGGCACCUGAAAAGAAACUACUACUUUAA